CCGCCUAAGGGCUGCUUUAUGCUGAAUAUGUUUGAGCUAUUGAAAACUUUCCCCGCGUCUCUCUUUCAAUUCUAGCAAGUUUUAAUACUGCCGGAGUCAGGCCUAAGCCUCUGUAAAGUUACAAUCGAGGAAAAAACAGAACGGCCGUAAGUUUAAGGUGUGUGUGGAAGAGUACGUGUGUCCGCCUCAGCCUCCAGAGAGGGACUUCCACGCCAAGGGCAGCCAGCGUCACCUGCCCCCAGCGGUGCAGGGGUGCCUGUGGGCGUGGGCGUGGGCGUGCUGUGGGCGUGGGCGUGGGCGUGAGGUGCCAGGCUGGCGUUCCCUGGCUUUGGGGGUGCCUGUGGAGCAGGGAGCUCCGCGGGCAUGUACCUCAAGUCCUCCCCGUACUCCAUGAACGGGAUUGGACUCACCAUGGCCGGGAUGGACUCACUCCACCCCAGCAUGGGCUACCCCGCCCCCAGUGAAUACCUCUACGCAGCACCGGCGCGUAAACAGCGCCGGGAGAGGACCACCUUCACCAGGGCACAGCUAGACGUACUCGAGUCCCUCUUCUCCAAGACCCGCUACCCAGAUAUCUUCAUGAGGGAGGAAGUCGCUCUGAAGAUCAACCUGCCGGAGAGUAGAGUACAGGUUUGGUUCAAGAACCGGCGAGCCAAGUGCCGGCAGCAGCAGAAACAGCAGGCGGCAGGAGCAGAGAAGACCCCUAGAGCCAAGAAGGUAGCCAAGUCCCCACCACCCUCCACGCAGACAACGCAGCCCUCAGCGCAGACCACGGGCGUGGGCGGCACCGCUUCCCCGCCACCCACAGGUGGCGGCCACAGGGACACCUCGCCGCCCUCUCCCCCGCCCUCCGUCAGCUCAGCCCCGCCCCUGCCUCUCACCCCAUCCUCCACCGCCCCUACAUCCUACAACCCCAUCUGGUCGCCGGCCGCCAUCCCCUCGGCGGGGUCAGCGUCCAUCGCGCCCAUGGGAGACCUGAUGACCCCGCCGUGCCUUGACCGCGGCGGCUACUGCGGCGUGAGCCAGCAAGCAGCUGCUGCUGCGGCCUGCUAUCAGAGCUACGCAACACCUUCCUACUACACUAACAUGGACUACCUCACUCCUAUGUCACACUCACAGAUCAACGUCCCGGUGAGUUCCAUGGCCUCCCUCAACACCAUGGGAGGCGGCGGCGGAGGCCAGCAGAUGGGCACUCAUUCGUCAGGGUCUGGGUUGGGCUCAAGCCUUGGAUCUUCCUCUCUGGUGUCCUCCUUGGGGACCUCGUCGUUGGGUUCAGCGGGGUCGCUGGGGUCUAGUCAGUCCCUCAGUCCCAGGACUCCCCCCACCGUGAACUCCCUCACGCCGCUGCCACAGGACUGUCUGGAGUACACUGACAAGAACACCGCAGCUUGGAAGUCCUACCAAAGCUUCCAGGUUUUGUGAGCUGCUUCACCACUUUGCGCUUCAUAAUGGCCCCUGCGGAACAAUAUUUUAAUGUAAAAGGACUUGUCAAUAAGAAUAAUUAUCAGAGUCACAGUUAAAAAAUGAAAAAAAAAACGAAUAUCGGUCAAUGACUGACUCCUGAGUAGUGUGGCGACUGACCGUCGGUGGCGCUGGUGUAGACAUAACAACAACACUGCUCCAUCAUCCACAACUUCCCUGCGUACAGUCUCACGGCCUUUGAAGAUCAGCUAUGUGCCGGUAAGGUAAAUAUGGAGCAUCUAGAUGUGUGUUGGCUGUCAGGUAGUGAAGUAAAGACUGCAGAGGACCUUCCUGGUGGUCACUAACGCUGUCAUGUAGGCCCCCGAGUGUCCUCUCUGCUGCUAUGCACAUCACUCCGUUCUCAGCUCAAGGAGUUAAAAUAAUGGAUGGGAAUAUUGCUGGACCUCAGACAUUAACUAGUGUGUGCGCGUGUGAGCGCGCAUGCGUGCGUUGCUGUUAACAACUGAACUGCAGAGGUGUGAGUUGUGGCUGAAGAACCUUAACUGUGACCAGGAAGACGGAAUUUUGUGAAUUUUCUUGACUCAUAUUUGUAUAACAUUUUGUAAUUCUUAGGCCAAUUAGAUCGAGCAUGAAAAACAAUGGAGCCUUUUCCAUAGUUUAGGUCGAUACCACGUGGUUGCACUGUACACCUUUGCUUGACUCAAGUUAACAAGCACAUUAUUACGGCAUCACUGAGAGGUUCACGUGUCUCGGUGAUCCCAGUAGCCAAAUAUUUAAUUUUGUGUUGAAUAGAUUUGUGAGUGUAAUAUGGUAGAUUAAUAGCUCAAAUUAAUUGUGCUUUGGAGUAAUGUUCUUUACAAGUUGAUCUCACCAGCCUAUUCUCAUUUAUGUAAACUUAUUGUACAUUUACUUUAAUGAACAGAGUAGUUUUUUUUUUCCUGUGAGGUUCAACACUCGUGUGGGUAACAUUUUCCUGGGACUAAGGUUAUUAUUAAGCGAAUUUAUUGACAUUAUUACUAGCACAGAAUAAAGAGUUUCAGGAUCACUUUAAACUUUAAAGACUAGAUGACAUGUUGACUUUUGUUGUGCUCAUGAAAAAUGAAAAGAUUUGUCAAGGAAACAACAGCUUCGAGGGUGGAAUUCUUACUGCUAUUUAUACACUUGUAUUUUACCUGUUCUGGCAACAAUGUAGGUAGAGCAUGAGGUGUGAGAGGCAGCAGGUGGCACUGCUGCGGGACCUCCAGCGGGCCAUGACCACCACUACACGCUACAGUGGCCAUGAAGUGUGAGUGCCGGCUCCCUCUCCCAGUGUCACCCUGCUCAUUGUGCUCGAAGAGUUGGGAGGCCCUCCCACCUCGCUCUCCCAUCCUCUCUCUACGGCUCUCUGACGAGGUAUUAGGAGGAAGACAUGGCCCGGGCAACGUAGACGGCACGUGACUUGUCAAGACACUAGGAGAUACAUACAGUUCACUGACGAAAUAGUGAAAACAAUGUGAAGGACACAUGACAUUCUAACAAGAUACUGAGAGCAAUGGGAGAGAAACUUGGUCUUUUAGCUGAAGCUAAAUGCAUUGAGAAGCACGCAUGUUCCUAUUGCAGCAGAAGGAACACUGGCCUAUAGAACAACACACAUCUGUUGGAACACUGGCCUACAGAACACACUCCUGUUGGAACACUGACCUAUAGAACAACAUACAACUGUUGGAACACUGGCCUAUAGAACAACACACCUGGUGUAACACUGGCCUAUAAAACAACUUUUACCUGAUGUAACACUGGCCUAUAGAACAACACACACCUGAUUAGGUAUUCGUCAGGUUAAGCACGUUCGGCUGAGUUUUCUCCACCAUUUCUGGUUGUUAUAUGAUCACACUAAUGUUUUCUAACAAAACACAUUGGAUUCACAGUAUGCUUCAGAGCACACUAACUAUAUUUUACAAAAUCACAUAGAAGGUUUAAUCGCAUGUAUAUUAUAGAAUCUCCGCAUCACAGAUGGCCAGAAUUUGUUUUGAUGAUCUUUGAUGGUAGUAGAGUCCUGGAGCGUCGAUCCAGAAAAGAGUCGAUCCAGACAGGCAUCGAAUCAGAGAGGCGUCGACCCCAGAAAGUCGUCGGCCUAGAGAGGCGGCUUAGUGCCACUUAAACUUGGCGUCAUUUUGUUUCGGAAAAUUCGCCCAGAGGACCACGUCCUUCAGAAAAUAAAAUGGCUGGAGAGGUAAAUAUUACACACACAUACACAUAACUGGGGCCUUAAGUGUUAUUGAAUUUCAGGGUUCGACAAAGGUCUCAAGAACAUUGUGGCAGGGUUUUAAGAAUCGUCUGAAGUGGCCCAGAUGAUCAGAACUCUGUAAUCAAUACAGCCGUCAUGACGACAAUUCGCCUUCCAACGCGUGUUAGGUGAGCCGUGGAAGUCAUAUCAGUAACUAGCGUUGUAAGUCUUCCUUUGUUGACGUUCGUGUUCUUCCUUGUAAGGUCUGUACUUACGGCAGUUACCUUAGCACCAUAGUCAUCACAAUCUAUAUAUAUUAUAUAUAUUCCACAUUUUACCGUAUGAGUGAAUAAGGUUUUUGAUUUAUAAAUUAUACUGCAGACUACCAGUGAUCGGUAGAAGAGCUACCAUGUGAGGGUUUCUCAUCCUAAGACAAGAGUUUUGACGCCCUGAGUCGAGAGUUUUCCCGCCGUAACUCAAGUUUCCCGCCCUAAGAUUAAGUUUCCCGCCACCAGGCGAGGCGGGAGAGGGCCACCGGCGCCGCCGUCGUCGUCACCGCCGCCGCCGCCGCCAGCCGUCAGGCUCGCCGCCGUUCAACUCCAAGACACACCACUUUGUAUACACAUUGAAUUUCGUCGUUUUUUUUUUUAAUUCCUAAGCCGCUGUGUGACACUUUACCUAAUCUUAUUUUUAGAGAGGGAGGCUUAGUCGAUUAGUGUAAAAUAAACAGCACCAGUGAUGGCGAGGUACCUUGCGUCUACCAGUCUACAGCACCAGUGAUGGCGAGAUACCUUCCGUCUACCAGCCUACAGCACCAGUGAUGGCGAGGUACCUUGCGUCUGCCAGUCUAGAGCACUAGUGAUGGCUAAGUACCUUGCGUCUACCAGUCUACAGCACCAGUGAUGGCGAGGUACCUUGCGUCUACCAGUCUGCAGCACCAGUGAAGGCGAGGUACCUUGCGUCUACCAGUCUACAGUACCAUUGACGGUGAGGUACCUUGCGUCUACCAGUCUACAGCACUAGUGAUGGUGAGGCACCUUGCGUCUACCAGUCUACAGCACUAGUGAUGGUGAGGUACCUUGCGUCUACCAGAGUCUACAGUACUAGUGAUUCUGAGGUACCUUGCGUCUACCAGAGUCUACAGUACUAGUGAUGGGGGUAGCCUUGCGUCUACCAGAGUCUACAGCACUAGUGAUGGUGAGGUACCUUGCGUCUACCAGAGUCUACAGCACUAGUGAUGGUGAGGUACCUUGCGUCUACCAGAGUCUACAGCACUAGUGAUGGUGAGGUACCUUGCGUCUACCAGAGUCUACACAGCCCACGAUGGUACGAAGAACCUAAACGGCCUGAGUUGGUACCCCACCCCUGGGUUCGUACUCGCGGGAGGGUUGGUACCCCACGCCUGGGUUUGCACUCGCGGGAGGGUUGGUACCCCACGCCUGGGUUUGUACUCGCGGGAGGGUUGGUACCCCACGCCUGGGUUCGUACUCGCGGGAGGGUUGGUACCCCACGCCUGGGUUCAUAUUCGCGAGAGGACUGUACCCCACGCCUGGGUUCGUACUCGCGGAAGGGUUGGUACCCAACCCUGGAUUGAUAUCAGCCUCGGGUGGAUGUCCUUAUUCAUAAAGCAGUGAUGCCCCACUGCUGACAUCAGUGAUGCCCUAACCCCCACACCUCUAUACACACACCCAUUUCUGACACCUCCAAUCCUGGCACCCCCAUUCCUACCACCCCAAUUCCUAACGCCCCCAUUCAUGAUAUCCCAGUCCAGAAACUCCCAUUUCCUUCACCCCCAUUUCUAGCAUCCCAUUCCAUCACCCAUAUUCCUGACACCCUCAUUCCUGACACCCCCAUUCCUGACGCCCCCAUUCCUGACACCACUAUUCUUAACAUCCCAUUUUAGAAACUCCCAUUUCCUUCACCCCCAUUUCUGGCACCCCAUUCCCAUCACCCCUAUUCCUGACACCCCCAUUCCUGACACUCCCAUUCUUGAUACCCCAUUCCAGACACCCCCAUUUCUGACACCUCUACCCUCCACCACUGCUGUGAGAGGCAGCUUCACACACACACACACACACACACACACACACACACACAC